GACCGUUUCUCCCUCGUCGUCGACAAUUGUUUGCCUAAAACCUGUCCUAUGUACAGCUAGCUGAUAUCGCUGCUAUUGUUAAUAUAGACCUUUGUUCUGAAAUAGCAAUAAAGUUCCUGAAUUCUCACUCGAAUUGGGUCCAACCCAAUGGUCCUCGCGGCGGUAUUCUCUACGUAACAGCUGCAAGGAGGCCUUCGCAUGUUCGCUGACAACGUGGUUGACCUGCGAGAACACAUCUCUGACUUGUGCAUCUGGAAGAAGCAUGAUUUUCAUCGCUUCUCCUCGUGCAGCUGGACAUGACUGUCUGUGCCGUCUUGGGUUACGGGCUCAACGCUUCAUUUGAACUCUCAUAAUCCUCAGAUGUAAUUGAAUUCCUUCGUUUGUGUAUAUAUUGCCAAGGUGCGACUACCUGCGAUGUCCACACUCCCAAUUUCUACAACGCCCUUUUUCCAUACGACAAGAGGAAGUACGAACCCUUCGCAAUGCCCCUGGUAUCUAUUUGGCGCAUGCUAUGGACUAGCAUCAUUCCUAGGAAGCCCAUGCUCUUGACAUCCACCGUCAACCGACCAUUGGAGUGCAGUGACGAUGGUUUCGCUUUUGCCGAUACAUCACCCUCGCGUUUCUCCCAAUCACCGCGUUCCCUCUCUUUCGGCGUACCUUCACGUCCCUAUCUACCUAGUAAAUCUGGUCAUCCAGAUUGCGUCUUUACUUCAUCAGCAAUUUGUUGCGCGACUGCGACCUUCAAUUUUGCCCCCAAUUGUUCUGCUCAUCGAGGUUCUCGGCCAAUGAGCCGAUCCCUCAUUGUGGCGUGGAAGCACGUCACUGCCAACCUUCGUUCUCAAGAGUCCUAUGACGACGAGAUGGAGUUUGUUGCGUCAAACUUCAUUCUUGUCGAAUCUCCCACUCCUAUGCCGACACAUCCUUUGAUGGUUGAUGCUUCUUUGCACCAAACGUCCUCGGAGAGGUGAUGGUUUGAUGACAUAUCUUUGAAUAGAGCCUUACUAUGGACCAUUUCGCCGGUUACUUUGUUCCGGAUACCUCGCGGAUUCAUUUGCUCUUAUACAUCUUCGCACCCCUAGACACCUUUCAGCUCUAGUAGCAGUAGAAAAAAAUGAAUGGACCCUUCAAGUUCAUUUUGAAAGUCAUCUCGAUCAGUGCGUUGCAUAAAACUCUGCACAUUCGACGCGCGAAAUACCAUUUGGGGUGAAAGCCGUGACGCAGGCAUCACGCGGCUGUGCCAUGUAGUUCGAAAGGACCCUCCGCCUCAAUGAUUCUCAAAUGACAACCUCCUUCAUCGACGUAGUCUGCCUGUCUAUAAUCCACCUCCAUAGCUUGUUUCUGUGAGUUUUUCUCUUCCAGCUUUGGUCCCCUGAAAAUAGCUUUGCGCGACAUGUUCCCCGUUGUUUGCUGAACUCCUUUGGUCCUCUAUCGGUCAAUCUCACGCUGUCGAAGCCUCUGCAUCAGGAAAUCAGCUAUGGUCCUUACAGCCCUUAUGGAAGGGCAAUAAGGGCGAUUAAGGGCG